CACAUCUUGUCUACACUCAUUUUAGACGUAAUUAUUACCUGGAAUUGAGCUUAACCAAGCUGAUAGUAAAGUCAAGCUAGUGGUGAGCAUGUACAGUGCACAUGACACCAGAGGGCGUAGUUAAGGAAGGCUUCAUUUUGAUAUUAAGCAGUUGGAGGAUGCACGCAAGGACAAGAAAGAAGAGGUGAUCUUGUAAAGUAUGCUGGCCUGGAUGUUUGUAUGGAUGCUCCUGACUACAUAUUGAUUUAACACCCUGGCCUGAUGGAAAAGAGAGACAGGAAGCCGGGAUAUUUUGCCAGGCUGAAGAGGCGGAGACAGCUCAAGCAGAGCCAAUCAGAGAGGAUCGUGACUGAGCAGAAUCCCUCAAUCAUUUCCUGUCCAGAUAUCCCAAAUGAGGGUGACUCCCACAAAAAGACGGACCUGCAGAGAAUAACAUCAAAGCCAUUGGCCUGCUCGGACGAUGGCUGUAAAAAUGUCGUUCAGGCAAAAAGGGAAAAGACGAGGCCACCAGGGACAGUGGAGUUCACCGUGGGACCUAAUGAUUCCCUCAACAGCAUCGCACUCAAGUUCAACAUCACCCCGAACAAGCUGGUCCAGCUGAACAAGCUCUUCUCCCGGAGUGUCUACCCCGGGCAGAAGCUGUGUCCCGAUGUGAGUCAAUCAGAAACAGACCUGAAGUCCUCGACUUCCACUGAUCCCGCCCUCACAAAUGGUUUAUCAGAGAAAGCAUCACAUCACGGUAUUUCAAACGGCAAGUCAGCAAAGUCCCUUCGGCGUGAGCUCUCCCCAAACUCGGAGGACGAGAGCCCAGCCACGGUUAAAUUCAUCAAGAUGAGUUGCAAAUAUUUCACGGACGGCAUGGGCGUUGUAGGUGGUGUGCUGAUUGUGACCCCAAACAACAUCAUGUUUGACCCCCACAAGUCAGACCCCUUGGUGAUCGAGCACGGCUGCGAGGAGUACGGCCUGAUCUGCCCCAUGCAGGAGGUCGUCUCCGUAGCGCUGUACGAUGACGUGUCGCGCAUGAAGCUCAAAGACGCUCUGCCAUCAGACCUACCCCAGGAUUUGUGUCCUGUGUACAGGCCCGGCGAGUGGGAGCAACUGCCGUCAGAGCGAGAUCUAAACCCAUUUAGCCGCUAUGAGGCUCUUGAUCCGAAACAACCAAUCGUGUUGGAUGACAUUGAAUCAACUCUCUCGGAAACUGUGAGCACAGAGGGUGAUCCGACGGAGAAGUCUCCAUCAGACGAAGGCUUCACAGAGUUGGAGCCGACUGUGAAUGUGAGCACUGAAGAGGUGGGGGGGACGUCCUCCAAAACACCCGGCAUCCUCAGCAGGGACCAACAGGAACUAGGACCAAGCUGCACAGGCCGGGAAGACUUUAAAUACAAGUCGACUCGUGGUCAAACUAAAGGGAAGCUUGACGAUGACGAGGAUGAGGGCGUCGCUCAGAUCAGCUCCAUCGAGGAGGGAGAGUCAACGCAAUCUUCUUUAGAGACUGAAAAACAGGGUGGCUUGCGAGAUAAUCCUACAAACCGAGAGGAAACCAAAGAUAUAAAACCUAAAGGGACAGAAGAGCUGCUUAAUAGUGCACAUUAUGAAAUUAUCGACGCACCAGGGGACCAAAACAGUAAACUGAGUCUGAAGGAGGCUUCAGAGGUUUUUGGGCACUCAAGUCCAAAGAGACAAAGCCCUGUCAGACCAGCAGGUGGCGCUGAGCUCAGUGAGGAGGAGCAACGCAAGAAAAGCUACAAAGCAGAAGUGAAGUCAUGGCUGCUGGAGAGGAUGCAGGCUCCAAUAGAAGACAUGCUCUUCUCAUCCGAGGAGAAGAGUAAAAUCCCCCCCAUGUUCCUGUGCUUCAAAGUUGGAAAGCCAAUGAAGAAGUCCUUCGCCACUGCAAUGACUUCUAGUCCCGCCCACUCAUUUGGGGGGCGGGGUAAACAGCCGGAGUACUGGUUCGCUGUGCCACAAGAAAGGGUGGACCAUCUGUAUGCAUUUUUCGUGCAGUGGUCUCCGGAUGUGUACGGGAAGGAGGCUCGGGAGCAAGGCUUUGUUUUGGUGGAGAAAGAUGAGCUGGACAUGAUUGACAAUUUCUUCAGUGACCCUGCUUCUUGCAGCUGGGAGAUCAUCACCAUUGACGAGGCUAAGCGCAGGCAGAGUUUCGGCAGCUGUGACGCGGAACUGUCAGUGGAAGCACUUCCCAUACUCAGUGAUGCCAGUGACCUGAUGCAGGACACACACAUUGAGAAGCUUGCAUGUCGCUUGCCGCCCCGUGUGCAGAUUUACCCCUGGAGACUGGCCUACAGCACGGUGAAGCACGGGACCAGCCUGAAGACUCUGUACCGGAGCCUGGCAGAUGUGGAGAGUCCUGUUCUGCUCGUCAUCAAAGAUAUGGAUAACCAGAUAUUUGGGGCAUUCUCGAGUGAUCCAUUCAAAGUGAGCGAAUAUUGCUAUGGCACAGGAGAGACGUUCCUCUUCAGCUUCUGUCCUGAAAUCAAGGUGUACCUCUGGACGGGUGAGAAUUCUUACUUUGUGAAGGGAAAUAUUGAUUCUCUGCAGAUGGGAGGAGGAGGUGGUCAGAUGGGUCUGUGGCUGGACGCUGAGCUGUACCGAGGCACCACGAACAAAUGCGCCACCUUCAACAACCAGCCCCUCUCCACCCAGCGGGACUUCAACAUCCACAGUGUGGAAGUCUGGACCUUCGAGUAGCCUCACCUGAUCGUAGGUACUCCUACAUUCACCCUCUGCUCCAACACCCCCCCAAGUCUAUUACACGCCACUUGGAGGCAAACCUAGCUCCCCCACACUGAACGUUCUGUGAGAGAAGACUGGAAACAGAGCGGCCAUCUGUUUUGAGGCCGGUUUGAUCUGCGGGUAGGUCGGCCAGUUUGUGUCUGGCUCCUCCUUCCUUUUAAGGUGGAAGUGUGAGAAUCUGUCGUUGCUCUCCGUUCAUCGGCUGCCUUAGACAUCCGUCAACGCCUCAAGCUUUCCCAGCAUGCAAACUGCCUAACCACCAUAAGAAAGGAAAGAGAGAAGAGGAAGGAUGCUGAUGUUACUCUUGAGGUAGUCCCUAAAUGGUUUUUAGAGUAAAGAAGAACAAGAUAUCCCAUUGAAGAAUGUUAUUUUGUGCAGGAAUAAUGAUGUAUUUAGUAUCUUUGGGAAUGUUCAGGAUAAAGUGCUGAAGACCUCUUUUUUUUAUGAUGUUGUGGAUUUUAAAGUAAAAAGAAGUGGAAAUGGCCAGGAAGAUUAUUUUGGAUCCUCUAUUAUUAAAUUCAUUGAAAUGCAGGAAAUAUUUACAAUGGAAGUGUUGCGCUUCUCUGAGGGCCAGCUUCUCUUAUUUCUGAGUUUUAGAUGAAGAGUCUUUCCAGUGCAUUAUCUAGCGUCUACUUAAGUUUUAAUUUCCCCAAAAGAAAUCCAGGUUUGUGAAGACCAAAUAUGUUCUAUUUUAAUUUUGCAUUUGUUGUGAGUUUAUUUUAUAAAAUAUUUUAGAUUUUUUUAUUUUUACAUUUUAUUUUUGUUACAUUCUGUUUUUACAAAGAAUGCUCAUUUUUAUUAAUGGAUGUGCUUUUAUAGAAAGUGUUAAAUAUUUCUGUUUGUGAUUGGACCUAACAAGCGCUGCAAAUGACUGUUUCGUCAGUAUUGAAUUCAUAUCUCACGUCGACUGAUUUCUAUCUGUUUUUUAUUAAAUUUGCGGUCAUUGUUGUUCAGAGUUAAACAUGAUCUCACUUAGAAGAUCACUACAGGAUUAUCGGCAGUCAUUGCUGUGUUGUGGCCUCGAGUAAUUAAACAUUUCUUCAAUGUAAAAUUGUUACUUAAUGCUAUUCAAUCACCACUAAAGAUCAGCAUUUGCUUUACUUAAAAAUGGAAAAAGGGACAGUCUGUUUUUGCACUCUAGUAUGCCACUAACUAAAAAUUCCAAUCUACUAACACAGAAUAAAUAUUCCAUUUAUGUCUUUUGUGUCUGACACAGGCUUGUAGUGCAUGCAUAUGCAAUACUGCAAAUGUUUGGCGUCACUGAAAUGAUACCUGCUAGACUUAUCACUAAUGCCAGUUAUCGCUUCGUGUGAAAAUGAGCUUGUGUUGUAACUGUGAAUGAUCCCUGAGUAUUAUUUCUCGUGAACCCAAAACUGCUGUGAUAUGACUAAGGAUAUAUUUAUUGUGUUGUUAUAGCAAACACAUUUAAACUUAAAUAAAUGUUAUAUAUACACAUAUUA